CUUUGGGAAAUAAGAUGCAAGUGAUGAUGGAUGCGGAUAAGGCGACAGCGCCGCGGACAGCCAUGGGCCCCACGUGUCGGCGGGCGCGCGCAGCCAACCGCCGCCGAACGAAGCCAACAACCCCGGCAAGGCAAGCAACUGCGGCCACGCCGCGACCCUGACGUCCGCCGUCUCCGGCACCGGAUAGGUCUCCCUCCCCCACACCCCUCGCGUGCCUUCCGUAGCCCGUAGGCACGCACGCUUCCCUUCAAAGCCACUGCUUCGCCUUCUUCUUCUUCUUCUUCUUCUGCUACUUAAGCGCAGGGCGGGCACUCGCAUCCGGACAUCCGGUAGCUCCAUCACUUCUUGCUUUGGAAAGGAGGCAACGGAUGGUGGAUGCAUGACACACUCAUUGCAUUAGUGCUUACCACAAGUGGAAGCCUAUGGAUCUCAAGCAAUCCUUCUCUACUACAAUCUUCUGCGUUCUGCUUCUAUUCUGUGUGGGCUGCAGAUGUCGGCCUUUAGAAAUAGAGGCCACCCAGACAGCAACCCUCAAGGUUGAUGCCACGCCACAGCUUGCCCGGAAGAUCCCUGAAACAUUAUUUGGGAUAUUUUUUGAGGAGAUUAACCAUGCAGGGGCCGGUGGCAUAUGGGCAGAGCUUGUCAAUAACAGAGGUUUCGAAGCUGGAGGCCCUCAUACUCCAUCAAACAUUGACCCGUGGUCCAUCAUUGGAGAUGACUCCUCUAUAUUCGUGGCGACUGAUCGUACAUCAUGUUUCAGCCGAAACAUUGUUGCUCUGAGGAUGGAGGUCCUCUGUAAUGACUGUCCAGCUGGUGGUGUUGGUGUUUACAACCCAGGUUUUUGGGGCAUGAACAUAGAAGAUGGGAAGGCUUACAAUCUUGUUAUGUAUGUUAAGUCUCCGGAAACAACGGAUUUAACAGUUUCAUUAACAAGCUCUGACGGAUUGCAAAACUUGGCUUCAGCUACGAUAACAGUUUCUGGCACAUCAAAUUGGACAAAAGUGGAGCAGAAGCUGGUUGCUAAAGGAACCAAUAGAACCUCAAGGCUUCAAAUAAAAACUAACAAAAAAGGAGUUGUAUGGCUUGAUCAAGUAUCACUCAUGCCUGAAGACACAUACAAGGGACAUGGUUUCCGCACAGAACUUAUAUCCAUGCUUUUGGAUUUGAAACCACGGUUCUUGAGAUUUCCUGGAGGUUGUUUUGUAGAAGGUGAGUGGCUAAGAAAUGCAUUCAGAUGGAGAGAAUCUAUUGGUCCAUGGGAAGAGAGGCCUGGACACUUUGGGGAUGUUUGGCAUUACUGGACUGAUGAUGGGCUUGGAUAUUAUGAGUUUCUUCAGCUUGCGGAGGACCUGGGUGCUGCCCCAAUCUGGGUAUUCAACAAUGGAAUCAGCCACAAUGAUGAAGUUGAUACUGUAGCUAUUGCUCCUUUUGUAAAGGAUGUAUUGGACAGUCUAGAAUUUGCAAGGGGGAGUGCAGAUUCAACAUGGGGCUCUGUUAGGGCUGCAAUGGGACACCCUGAACCUUUCCCAGUUAAACAUGUCGCGAUUGGAAAUGAAGAUUGCGGGAAAAAGUUUUACCGUGGUAAUUACCUCAAAUUCUACAAUGCUAUAAGAGAGGCAUAUCCAGACAUUCAAAUGAUUUCAAACUGUGAUGGUUCAUCUAGACCACUUGACCAUCCUGCAGAUUUGUAUGACUUCCAUGUCUAUACUGAUUCUAAGACUUUGUUUAACAUGAGGAGCCAAUUUGACAGAACAUCCCGUAGUGGACCCAAGGCUUUUGUGAGUGAGUAUGCUGUCUGGAGAAGUGAUGCGGGCAGAGGAAGUCUUCUCGCUUCAUUGGCUGAAGCUGCUUUCCUUACUGGUCUGGAGAAAAACAGUGACAUUGUUCAGAUGGCAAGUUACGCUCCACUAUUCGUGAAUAACAAUGAUCAAACGUGGAACCCGGAUGCUAUUGUCUUCAACUCCUGGCAACAUUACGGAACUCCUAGUUACUGGAUGCAGACACUUUUCCGUGAGUCCAGUGGUGCCAUGAUCCAUCCAAUUAAUAUGAGUUCCCGGUACUCAAGCUCGCUAGCUGCAUCUGCAAUUACGUGGCAGGACUCAGAGAAUAGCUUCCUUAGAGUAAAGGUUGUAAACUUUGGGUCGGACACUGUUAGCCUCACGAUCUCCACAAGUGGACUUCAGGCCAGUGUCAACUCGCUGGGAUCAACCGCCACUGUUCUCACAUCUGGCAACGUUAUGGAUGAGAACUCUUUCAGUAACCCAAACAAGGUUGCGCCGGUGAAAAGCCAGCUGAGCAACGCUGGGGAGCAGAUGCAGGUCACGCUGGCUCCUCACUCCUUCACCACGUUCGAUCUGGCGCUGGCUCAGUCCAAGCUUGUGGCAGAGAUGUGAUCAAUGUGUUAGCAUCUUGAUAAAAAAAAGCUUUGUAUACCACGAUACAGAUAUAUAUACCUACUGUACUACAUGAAUAAAAAUCACAUCAGGUUUGUUUGGUGUUUGAUUUUGA